AUGGUGCGUCAGGUUAUCUGCCUGCAUUUUGGCCAGGCAGGCCUUCGCACCGGAUGCGCAUUUUGGGAUUUGUUGUUAGCUGAACAAUGCCUUACUUACGAAGGGCGGCCUGGAAUACCCUUGAAGAGACUGACUUGGGGCCAGCAUAGCGACCACAUGAAUUUCAUGAACACCAAAGAAGGGAAAGACGAUGUCCCGCCAUCGGAGGAUUGUUUUUUCUCCGAGACAGAAAAAGGCAAAAAAGUCCCACGGUGUGCCAUGCUGGAUUUGGACUCUGAAUGUCAGAGCGAGAUUACCCGCAGCAGCUUGGGUCUCCUCUUUUCGCCUUCUUCUUUUGUAGGCGGUAAAGAGGACGGCUCUUGUUUGUUUCCUAGAGGCAGGCGACUUGCGUCCACCGACCCCAUCAGGGGCCUCGCCGAAGAAGCACUAAGGAUACAGCUGGAGGCAACAGACAUGCCCGCAGGGGUACUGUGCAUGCGUUCUCUGGGAGGGGGUGCCGGUUCUGGAUUUGGAGAAGAAUUACUUUCUCUACUCUCUGUUGAGGCCCCCAAGGUCUCGGUGCUGGAGAAUCUGUUGUGGCCAGCUACCUAUUGUCCUUCCUACCCAGGUGGCCAGACAGCUAGCCGUCUGGCAAGCCAAUCAGCUAGCUGUCUGGAACCGUACAAUGCCCUACUCUCAGUAGAUGGAAUUAUAGAAAGGGGUGGGGGGGCGCUCCUCAUGGAUAACGCAGCUCUCUCUGGCCUCAUUAGAUCGACUGUUGCCUCCGUCCAUCCCUUCAUUGCGGAUAUCAAUCAGGUCAUAGCACAGGCCCUUGCCAGUAAGUACCACACCACACUUGACUGGUGUGUCUCUCCCUUUGAAAUGUACUCUAUCACAGAGGUCCCCACAGUGCCUGUGUGGAUCCCUCGCUUUGAUAGGCACAUAAAUGGCAUCUCAUGCAGGGCGCCAUAG